CCCCCCCAGUCUGACCCCCUUCUCCGCUUUGAGCCGGAAAAUGAAGCAAUACUCCGGCUGGAUGUUUUUCCCUAGUUAGCUUUGGGAGGAGACGGCUUCCUAUUGAUUUUCUUCUGCAAUCUGCGCUCAGGUCUUGAACUCCCACCCAUCUCUUUUAUUUGCACUUCUAAAUUAUAUCCAGCUUGGAUUCUGAGCGCCUCUCGCCGCGUCAACCGCUGAGAGCCCUAGAUUCCGGGGGGCUCCAGUGGGGGGUGGGGUGAGGGAAUGAUGUCCCAUGACACGAGCGAGAGGCCCCCCGCCCCUGAGCCGCCCCCCCCGACUGUCUACGUCCUAGUGGAGGAUCCACGUUCGACUGACGCUCUCCAGCUGCUCUGCUUCAACUCCCUCCUCCCAGAGUCUGGGAUUGUGGCCGACAUUGACUUGGAGAAUAUCCUCUCGCUGAGCAGUGACAGCUUCUAUGAACUCAAGAGCCAACCCAUUGGUGUAAGUCCUCCGAGUGCCCCGGCUCAAGGCCCCGUCAUGUCAUCCCGGGUGCUUCUCCGGCAGCAGCUGAUGCGGGCGCAGACGCAAGAACAAGAGCGCCGGGAGCAGCAGCAGGCGGCCCAGUUCACUCCUGUGCCACCUGCGCCUUCCACACCUGCGAUUUCCGUGAGCCCUCUCGCUCGUACUGCACCUGCCCAGGUUCCUGUGGAGGUACUGAAGGUUCAAACCCACCUGGAGAACCCCACCAAGUACCACAUCCAACAGGCGCAGAGGCAGCAGGUCAAACAGUACCUCUCCACUGCCAUGGGCAACAAGAUGGCAACACAGGCUGUCGCUGGGGCAAGCCCGGGAGCGUCAGCCUGCUCCCCACAGGCUGCAUCGGCUCCUGAGCCCCAACAUAGUUUGGCGCAGCAGCAGGGAGUGGCAGGGGCCCCCGGCAGUGCCCCCAAUAGCCCUAUGGCUUUGCUGAACAUUGGAUCCAGCUCUGAGAAAGAGAUCGAUGAUGUCAUUGAUGAGAUCAUCAGCCUGGAAUCCAGCUACAAUGACUACAGUGGCCUACAGAUGCCCAGCACUCUUCCAGUCUCUGGAAACCUCCUGGAUGUAUACAGCAACCAAGGAAUGAUGGAGCCGGCUGUAACAGUCAGUAACUCCUGCCCAGCUGACCUGCCCAAUAUCAAGAGAGAGAUGUCAGAAAAUGAAGCCAAAGCAUUCCUGAAAGAAAGGCAGAAGAAAGACAACCAUAAUCUAAUUGAGCGGCGGCGACGGUUCAAUAUCAAUGAUCGAAUCAAAGAACUCGGGACGCUCAUCCCAAAAUCUAAUGAUCCAGAGAUGCGCUGGAAUAAAGGAACCAUCCUGAAGGCCUCAGUGGAUUACAUCCGAAAGCUGCAGAAGGAGCAGCAGCGCUCAAAAGAGAUGGAGAUCAGACAGCGCAAGUUGGAACAAGCGAAUCGCAGCCUACAGCUGCGAGUACAGGAGCUGGAACUCCAGGUCCAGAUGCACGGGUUGCCCUUGACUUCCACGCAGGGGCUUCUGACUCAGUCCUUGGGAGGAGACCCAACUCCUGCCUUUGCAGAGUCUCUGGAUCUGCCCUUCUCUGCCGAGGAACUGGGGCUGGGUCUUGCACUGGGAUCCGAUGGGGGAGCCCUGCAGGAUGUUCUCAUGGACGAUGGGACCGCUCUGUCCCCACUUGGCGCCUCUGAUCCGCUGCUCUCCUCCGUCUCGCCUGGCGCCUCUAAGGGCAGCAGCUGCCGUUCCAGCUUCAGCAUGGAAGAUGAUUCGUGAUGGCAGCACUUGAACUUUGACAAUGGGAAAGGAGGAGAUGGACAAGGCUUCCACUUUAAACAUCAUGCCCUGCUUUUACUCUGACUUUUUCCCCGUUAUCCUCUACCACCUCAAAUCUUGGAGGCUUCUCUCCUCCACUCCUAUAUGAUGUGCCCCUUCUGAAGUACAGCCCCUUUCCCCAGCAUUACAUAUUUUGAAGAGUUUACCCUUGGCCCCUUGAACAAGUGGGCCAUGGAAAAGUGGGCCUGCAGAGCCACUUAGUACCAAUCCUCCUUAGCAGCAGUAGAAGUAAGGUAUCCCAUCUGAAAGUGAGGGACCCUAAACCUUCUGGCCCCACUCACGCUUCAGAAACUCUGAGAAUGGUCCAUUUUUUGCAUUUCCCUAAACCUGCCCACUUUUAAACUAUGAUAGGGUGCUGCUUUAACACUGUGUGAGGAGUGAUUAGCCACAAACCUCGGUUCGUCCACUCCAACCCUUGCUUUAUAUCCUUGCACCUUUGCUGUAUAUAAUUUGGGGAAAUUGAGGUGGGAGAAGAGAGGAAAGUGGUCUCCUUGCUUUUGCAUAAUUUAGAGGCACUUCCACCUCUCCCGCUUUUUUUAAAAUUAGCUUUUAUUUUAUAUAAAUAUUGCACAAUUUUUAUUUGUAAAUCUCACCCUUUCAUGUUGUUUAAGUUGAAAGAUUCAAGGUAUCACCAAAACUGCCACUUUUAAAUUUUUUAUUUUAUUUCUUUGGCUCUCUUCUUCAGUUCUGACCUGGCCGCAGGAAAACCUGAUUUUUGUCCCUUGUGAUUUCUUUGUGGGAAAAGGAGGGGAGGGGAGAUGCAGAGAGAGAAAAGGAGAGAAAUACUGCUCUUGUUCUUGCUUAUGUGUUUGCAUUUAAGAGUAAAUUCCUGCUCAAUAGAAUUUAAUUGCCACCUCCCUUUUUUUAAUAUAAAGAAGUUAUAAUCACGUUUUUUUAUAAUCCAAGUUUUUUGCAUACCAAAUGGACAUUAGGAGAAACACAGAGCAAUUGAGACUGUACUGUUUAUUGAAUCCACUAGUCUUUGAAAAUACUAGAAGCAGGCUUCUGUAUAAUUGAUUCUUUGUUGGGUGUUUACAAGGGUAGCCGGAACUGCUGCAGAGACAAUCAUUUGGGCUCCAGUGUUAGCCUUCCCACUGUGAGUGUGUGUGUGAAUGUGAAUUCUCUCACAGAAGUAGAUGUCUUAAAAGGUUAUCUAAAAAUACUAAGUCUCUAAAAUGGGGGCUAACCUGUGGCCCUCUAGAUGUUGUUGGACUCAGCCUCCCAUUAUCCUUGAUCAUUGGCCAUGCUGGCUGGGACUGAUAAGAGCUGAAUCACAGCACUGUCUGAAUGUCUAGAUUGAAAAAUAAAAUAUGCGCCCUUUGUCCUUCAGGAAGUGUAACUUUGAAUCUGGAAAGAUCUGCCUUAGAGGAAUAGGGUCUGAAGUACUACUUUAUCCUGCUGGAGGAUAUGAUGAUGUAUGUUUGUGAUUGGGGAGGAGGAAAUAUGCACAUCAGUUUCUGAGUUGAGUCCCUCUUGGCCAAAAAGUAGAGUAACAGGAGACACUGUAGUGGUAUUCCAGUAUGUCUUAGUUGUACGAAGCAAGAGGACUGAGAGCAGAGUAGGUUAGUAAAAAUAAGGUUAGGCAAGUGGUCACCAGAUCUUAAAGGAAUUAAAUUGUGUUCCAUUAAUAAAGGGUUGAGUCUGAUUAAGGAGAUGAAAGGGAGAGAAUGUCAGACUGGGGGAAGGGACUGGUUUUCCUGUUGUGGAUUCUGCACUCUGACCUGGACACCAUCACCUGUCCUUCUACUUUGUUUCUUUAAACAUUCCCAUGACCAGUACUAGAAGCUUCUAAACAAAUAAACCAGCAAUCACCAUUUUCUAUA